AUGCCAGCAAAUAGAAGAACUCCAGGACUUGCCUCAUCAUCAUCGUCCACCUCGGUUCCGGUUGGUCGAAUAUUGAACCCAGAAAUCAUUCGUUGCCUCGAAAAUGAAUUGAAAAGAUAUUCGAACAAGCCUAAACAACAAUAUUCACUGAGGAAAGCCAUUUCAUCUCUGGAACAAUAUCCGAAAAAGUUGUACAGUGGAGAAGAAGCUAAAACACUGAAAGGAAUUGGUCCCAAAACUGCUCUGACAAUUGAUAAAUAUUUAAAAGAUAAUAAUAUUAAUUUAGGGACACCUCCAACAACACAAGAUACAACCAAUGAAAACAACUUAACAGAGACAAGCAAUUACUCUACAACGAUCACAUCAAAAAAGAAAUCCACACGAAAUUAUAUUCCCAAGUUUAAAACAGGUGCAUGGGCCAUCAUGAUUUCAAUUUAUAGAAAUUCAAAAGAAAAAAAUUGUGAAACUGCUUCGAAAAAGAUUAUCAUUUCAAUUUGUGAAACACUCAUAGAAACACCAAUGGAAAUACCUACCAAUAAUUCUCAUAAAACAGCAUGGAGCUCAAUCAACACUCUCAAGCAAAAGGAUUUAGUGAUAUGUCCAAAAAAAGGACAAUAUGCAUUGACAAAAAAAGGAAGAAAACUCGCAAGAAGACUUCAUAGAGCAGAAAAAGAAUUGGAAGGUCGAGAAUUUUCAUGGCAAGAAACUGACGAAGAAUUAAGCAGUUCUUCAUCAGAAGAAGAGGAUAACGACAGCGAGGAAGAAGAGGAAACAAUGGUUCCAUCAACAACAAGUUCGUCGUCACAAGUUGCAUCUCAAGAAUCAUCGAAAACAAAAAAGAAAAAAGCACCCUCUAAGAGAUCUAAAACGUCACAGUUAUCUGAAUUAAGAAAUUCUUCUUCACAACUCGAGUUUUCCUCUCAAGAAUUUGAUGCUGAUCUUGAUUUGGAUCUAUUUUCACAAUCGUCACAACCGUCAUCAUCAAGUAAUCAUAAUCAUUAUAGAAAUUACAAUGAAAUGAGUAGAGCUACAACAUCCUACAGUAGUAGUCAAGAGUUGUUCUCUGAUAGUCAACAACACACUUCUCGUUCAUUCUCUGCUACUUCUUCAGAAUGCCCUAUUUUCUGUAUUGAUUCAGAUGAUUCAGAUGAGGAUGCUUCAGAUAAUGAUGAAGUUGAAAUUUUCUACGAUUAUGAUCAUUGCCCUUUGAAAUUGACCUUUCUCGAUGAUCGUAAUAAGGAAGUAUCCAAGAUUGAAAAAUGUAAAUUUGGUGUCAGCACAAGUGGAUGUCCUGUCUUGAUGAUUCAAUGUAAAUAUCCAAGAGAGAUUGAUCAACAGUGCAAAAAACUAUUGAGUGUCAUAUUUGAUUAUGAACCUCAAAUUAAGGAAUGUGAUGGAUGCAUCAUUGCUCAAGGACAAGUGCACGAACGAAGAUUGGAACAUGUUAAAGAGAUUGGAAGAGAUUUAUUGAAAGCUCUUAUCGUUGAUGAGAAAUUAUUACCUACUAGUAGUACUUCCACUACUACUAACACGUCAACAACUAAGAGAAUCAAUGAAAAGAAGAAAUCAAAUGAGAAUUCCUCUCAAAUUGAUUUAGAACGGACCACUUGUGAAAAAGACAAAACAACCACACCAUCAAAUACUCAGCAAUUAUGGUCUGAACCUUGUAAUCCUGUGAGUAUGAGUUGCCAAACUCUUGUUUUGUCCAAUCUUGACUUGGAAACAGUACCUCCAUUCAACCCAGAAUCGUCGUCUUUGUCCAAUGCAGUGACAUCAGAUUCACAUGCACGUCGACCACAAAAGAAUCAAGCAAAAAAGAGAAAAGAAAUUCUAUUCGAUGAUGAUGAUGAAAAUGCUGUUGAACCUCAUGGUAAUAAGGAAAGAGAGAACACUCGACGUUCGAGUGGUGAUAGUGGAACAACAAUCAUGCCACCACCUUCGUAUAUUCCUCCAAGAAAUUUCAAUUGUCAUCAUGCAUCCUCUGCUGUCACGAUCGCGUCAAGACAACCAUCUGAGGCUUUAGAGCUGUCCAAUGACCAUCCUAUUAACUUUGCUGAUUACAUGAAUGGUGAUCAUCAACAAUUAACAACCAAUCAUUCACAGAGUGCCAACAACAAUCAUGGUGAAAGAAGAGAACAUUACAAAAUCAAACUCAUUGUUGACCAAAGAGAACGAACAGGAAGAGGUUCUGAUCGAAAACAAUUUUGUGAAAAACUCUGCAGAGCUGGAAUUGAUGCCGAAGUUUCACAACUUGGGUUGGGAGAUAUGAUUUGGAUUGCACAACAAGUUAGAUCGCCCAAUAAUAAUAAUAAUAAUAGUAAUGAAACGACGACAAUGGACAUGUCAAAUGCACACGUUUUAGAUAUUAUUGUGGAAAGAAAGGACAUUAAUGAUUUAGCAGCGAGUAUUAAGGACGGGAGAUACAGAGAACAGAAGUUUCGAUUGAAUCAAAGUGGAUGUUCCAAUGUUUUUUAUCUGAUAGAACGAGAAUUUAAAGAUCAAGAUCAACUAUCAUGUACAAGUUUGGAAACUGUUGUGUGUAAAAUGAUCGCAGAAGGUAUUGGUGUGAAACACACGCCAUCGUUGGAGACUUCGAUUACCUUUUUGCAACAUCUUAACACAGUAUUGUGUGAAUUAAUUAAUGAGAAUGGAGUUGAACCUUACAAACUCAUGGUUGUAGAUCCUCUGGAUGGUCAACGACGUUUUAACCCUACAGUUGCGCAGUACAACCAAAUGUUCAGUAAGAAGAAUUUUGAAGUCACCAAAAAGGAGAUCUUUGCACGACAACUCCAAGCUGUCGAUCGAUGUUCCGCUCAAGUGGCAGAGAGUAUCACCAACAUUUUCCCAACACAUAGAUCAUUGAGUGCUGCUUUUGCGAAACAUGGAGAGUCUGCCUUGGAAAAUGUACCAUUGAUUUCAGCCAUUGAUCAUAUUUCUACAAAACGAGUGGGGAAGUCGCUCUCCAAACGUUUGUAUCAGGAAUUUACACAACAGUAA